UUUGAAUUUUUGAAGUUUUUAAACCGUCAACUAAGCGCGCUGCGAAUUUAGUGGCAAUCGAGCCAGAGAGCUGUACAGACGGACACGAGACGACGCAAAACUUGCACCGCAAAAACGAAACCGAAAUCCGAAACCAAAACCGAAUCUAAAGAUUGCAUCUCGUGUGGGUCGGCAAUCGGAAGUGCAAUUCUCUUCUUCUCUCAUCUCUGCUGGAGCUGAGGCAGCCACCCGACUCCACAAUCUCUCUAUCGCUCUGGAGCGGCGGAACUAAUUGUUAUUACAUUCGAAUGCCGGGGAUGAGGGUUGCCAAAAUUGGCUAAAGAUAACGAAUAAUUCGGUGUAAAAAUUGUUAAAUUGUGCGUGUGAAGGCAAUCGUGAAAGAAAACAAGAAAAUUGAAAAUUAAGAUCUUUGUGCCUCAAAAAAGGGAUCCAAGACAACAAGAGAAAACCCAAAAUCAUGAGUAUCUGUCUGCUGGCAUUCGUUGCCCUGGCAGCGUUUAUCUCUGAGAUUGGAGCCAGUCAGAGUCCCAGCUCCAGUCAGUACCACAUCCAGACGGAUGAGGGGCCCGAGCGGUAUUUCCGCUUCCAGACGGACAACGGACAGUUCCGGAAAGAGAAGCGUCUGCAGGAUGGCACUGUCAUAGGCACAGAGGCUUGGAUCGAUGCUGCGGGGUAUCUGCGGCAGAAGGAUUACAUAGCCGACAAACAGGGCUAUAGAAUUCUCAAGUCCAAGACCAUCUAUGUGGGACAGGGACGUCCCAUUGAGGAUGCCAUUAAAUCCACAAAGGCAGCGCCUGCACAGUCCGGCAUACUGGUCAAUGGGGGAUCCUCGGGUGCUGGUUCCAGAAACACCUUUGGGGGGUACCAAAGACCCGCCUAUGGCUACGUAAGUUCCACAACUUCGACCACCACUCAAGCUCCUCCUGUGGACUUGCAGCUGGACUUGGAUCCACUGGUGGACUCUGGCGUGGGAAAGCUCAACUAUCUGCCACCAGAAGAGGCAGCCAAGAUCCAGCCACAGUCCCAGCUGGGCUUCGAUCACUAUCCGGAUGAGCUGCCUCGGGCAAGGGGCCAACUGUUGUCUGGUCAGCACACGCCGCUGGUGCACAUCCAGCCGAAUGCAGAACCCGUGGACAAUGGCCUCAAUGCCAUCAACGUGUACGAUGCGGAGGCGGAUCGGGACUUUGGCCAUGGACAAUUUGGAUCGGUGAUCAGCUCCACGACUCCACAACCUCCGCUGCUGUCGAUGCUGCCACCCUUGGGCUCUCCGCACAGACGCCGCCUGCGUCCGCGUCCCACUGCCAUUGGGAUUGUGGCGAGCACUCCAUCGCCCAUUGCUGCCGGGGAUUCCUAUGGGUUCUCUGUUCCAGCGCCAUUUGCUGCACCGCCAUCGGCUGCGCCGCCUUCUGGCUAUCAGUAUGCCCCCGCAGCCACGCCCUUAACGAGUGGCUAUGCUCCCUCCCCAGCCUCCAAUAAUGGGUAUGGCUACUACACGCCCAAUUCCCCGCUGGAGGUUAACUCUCUGGAGGCUGCUCUACUGCCACCGCUGCCUUCUCGUGCCUACCGCCGCCGUCUGCGUCCCGUGCAGAGCAAUCACUUGGACGAGCUCAGUGCCGCGGGCUACGAUGGUGUGGGCACCACUCGCAAUGGUUUCCGCUAUGUCCUGCCAAAGCAGUACCACGAGGAGGAGACGAGCCCAGCGGAUGGCAAGCGGGCAGGCAGCUUCGGCUACGUGGACCCCUUCGGCAUUCGUCGCGUGGUCUACUACAAUGCCUCCCCAGGACGGGGCUUCAUUCACAGGAAUAACAAUCAGUAUGUGGGUGCGAAUGGGGCGCCCUACGAUGAGCCGGGUCCAGCGCAGCUGGUGAAUGAGUAGAGUUCUCCCAAACAGUUAAUCCUCCCCGAAACACUGCCUCCCUUCCUCCAAGUGGAGCCUCUCUCUCUCACACAUGAAGCACCAAAACUAACCGUAGAACCUCAGAAUAACACUUAAGAUUAACCAUGUACAUAAUCCCCGCUUUUAGCAUCGUUCUCUCUCACUCUCUCUGUCUACCACACACACACACACACACACACAAAGAAAACGACAUCUGUGUUAAUUAAUUUAAUGAUUAAACACGUUUAAAUGUAAAUUAAUUUAUAAACGAAAACUUUUUGUGCAAUUAGCGCCUAGAAUUAGGUACAUUAGGGUUACACUGCAGCUCAUUGCAGUGCUGCCGUUCAGUAGGAGCAUUCGUUUCAUGUAUUAAUCUUGCCAUAUUAACGAAAAGUAAUUAAACAAAACGCUCACUCCCCCACACCCAAGCCCAAACAUUAAUCCAAUCCUUAGCAUAUAUGUAAAGCGAUAUAGAACCGAUAAUGAUGCACCGUUUCUUUGCCAAUAGCUGUUCAUUGAAUGUAUGUAAACCGAUUUGUUAAGAUCAUAGCGAAUAUUUUUCUGUUUGUUGUAGAAAAAUGAGCACCCGUUGCCAAGAAACCUCCAGCGAAGUACGACAAAGAUCUUUGCGUAGUUAAUUAAGCAAAAUGUAUAAUAAUAAAAUAAAAGAAAUAAUUAUUUAAA